AUGAGUGUUUCACCAGGGGAAGAAAAUAAACCAACAACAACAACAACUGUUGCAGAGGAUGAAAAUGUUGCAAAUAUUCCUUCGCAUACUAUACUUGAACAAGAACAACAACCGCAACCACAACAACAAGAAGAAGAUGUGGCUGCUGUUGGUAGUACUGAUAAUAUUCCUCCUGCUAUAGAGUCAACAGAGGAAAUAAAUGCAAACCAAUUGGAUGAAAAACAAAUGGAAGAGAUUGUGUCACUUAACCAACAAGAUGGUAAUGGUGAAAGUUUGCUUCAGCUGGUUUCUCCAUCAGCACUGAAUGAUAAUCAAUCAGACAUUCCCGUUCAAGAAGAUAAUGAACAGCAGCAGCAACAACAACAAGAGGAGGCAGCAUCAGAAGUAGUAAAUGAAGCUCCUAUUGCUAACUCAAAUGAUUUGCCGGAAGAACCAGUGGUAGAUGCAAAUGAAGAACAACAAGAACCAACUAUCGAAGCCAAGGACCUUCCUGAGUUGUCGGAGCAGAAUGUAAAUCAGUUCGUUGAAGAGCAAAAUACUGAAACAAAUCAUGUAGCCCCAGAAAGUAGUUCAUUACCAAAUGAUGAAAUUAAUGGGUUGUCAGAAGCUUCUACUGAACAAGGCUCUUCUGAAGUUGCUUCAGCAUCAAUCAUCAAUAACAACAACGUUGAGCAACAGGAGCAACAGCAACCGGAAGAAGUAAAAGAAAAAGAACAACAAAAGGAAGAAGAAGAAGAAGAAGUCGACAUUCAAUUAGAUAUUCCUGACAUGCCAGAGUCAACUGAACAAGUCCAAGAAGAAGAUAAAAUGGAUGUUGAUAUUCCUCAAGAAACACCUGUUGCGUUCCAACCUUCUGCAUCUGAGAAUAGACAGUUUGAAGAGGAAGAAAUUAAACAAGAAUUAGGAGAAGAUGAAGAAUUGAAGAAUAUUCAACAAGAUGACCCUUCCUUUGAUGGUAACUACAAUGUCAAUGAUUACAACAAAUCUGAUGAUGAAUUAGAAAAAUCUGUCUUGAUGAAUGAUGACAACAUGGAUUUGGAUUCUAAACAAAGCGAAGAAGUUGCGUCAACAGAAGUACCAACUGCUACAGAGCCAAUUGUUGAUCAACCUCAAGAGGCUGCAGUUAUACAACCACCACCUCAAAUUCCAACUGAAGUUCCAAUGGAUUCAGCUAAUGUUGGACUUAAAGUAGAAAAGCAAGAAGAACCAAAACCAAUCGCAGCAGAUCCGAUUGUGCCAGAAUCUGAACUAAUCACCGCUGCUUCAAAUUCAACCAUCAACACUCCUGCUUCAGAGAUUGUUAAGCCAACUCCAGUACUGGCUGAAAGCAAAGUUGUCAUUAAUAGUAAUAAUGAUAACAUCAGCAACGUCGUUGAAGAAGAAGCUGAAGAAGAGGAAGAAAACAAUGAAGAUGAACCAGAAGAACCUGCCAGAGAGAAACCAGUAUACAAGCAAACACAUUUGAUCAUUAUACCAUCCUAUGCAAGCUGGUUUAACAUGAAGAAGAUCCAUAAGAUUGAAAAGGAGUCCUUACCUGAGUUCUUUGAUACCACUCAUCCAUCCAAGUCUCCAAAACUUUAUGUCAAUUAUAGAAACUUUAUGAUAAAUUCUUAUAGAUUAAACCCAAAUGAGUUUUUAACGUUAACCUCAUGUCGUCGAAACUUAGUUGGUGAUGUUGGUACUUUGAUGAGAGUUCACAGGUUUUUAAAUAAAUGGGGUCUAAUAAACUAUCAAGUUAAACCACAAUUCAAACCUGGUUAUGCACUUGAGAAAAUGCCAAAUGGACAGCCAGUUGAUUUGCCAUAUACAGGAGAUUAUCACGUCAAGUUUGAUACUCCUCGUGGGUUGUUUCCAUUUGACACUUCAAGAAUACCUGUUGAACGAAUUGAUGUUAAAAAGUUGAAGAGCUUAGUAGAAGGUGAUGUUAAUAGUACUGUUGAUCAGAAUGGCAACAACACUGAACACACAACUAACAGUAACAACAAGAAGCAUAGCUUACUGGAUGAAACUCCUCAACAAGUAAAAGAAGAGGAACAACAAGAACAACAACCACCACGUAAGAAGAGAAAUGAUGGUUGGUCCGAUGCUGAAUAUGAUGCUUUGGUUAAUGCAGUGAAAUUAUUCAAGAAUGACUGGUAUAAAAUUGCUAAUGCUGUUGGUUCAAACAAGACUCCUCAACAAUGUAUCCUCAAAUUUUUGCAAUUGCCAUUGGAAGAUAAAUUUAAUCCAAUUAAAGAUGACGAUAGUGCAAGUAUAAAUUUGUUGAAAUAUGCUCCACAUUAUCCGGUCAGUUCUAUCGACAAUCCAGUAUUAUCCAAUUUAGCAUUCAUGACCAAAUUAGUUGAUAGUAGUGUUGCCAAAGCUGCCAGUGAAGCUGCAUCAAAAGCCAUGGAUGCGUGCAUUGAAAAGAAAGUAGCUCAGGUCUACAACUCCAAUAAGGACGAAACCCAAGAAAAACAAGAAUCAUCUAAUGGGGCCAUGGAAAGAGAACCAACAACCGAAGAUGCUAUUGCUACUACUUUUGGUAUAAUUGGUGGCAGAAGCCAUUUGUUUUCAAGUUUUGAAGAAAGAGAAAUGCAUAAAAUCAGUUCUAGUAUAGUGAAUCAUGAAAUUUCUAAAAUUGAAACCAAGCUCAACAAGGUUGAAGAAUUAGAAAAGAUUUACGAACGUGAGAGACAACAUUUGGCCAAACAACAAGAAGAAUUAUUUAUAGACAGAAUAGCGUUGACCAAAUCCACAAUUGGAGUGAUUAGAAAAUUAGAAGAAGCUAUCAAAUUGGUUGAAGGUAGUGGUAAUGAAGCCGUUGGUAAUUUAUUAAAUGAUGCUAAAUCAUUAUUAUACAAGCCAACAAGGCAGGCAUUAGAAGAAACAGAUGCAGCCAAGGGAACAUCAAAUACUGCUCUGAAUACUGAUCAAGGUUCUGAUGUGCAAGAUGACAACAUGAUCCCAUUGUCUUUGAAGGCUCCCCAAAGUUUCAAGAUAUGGGCACCAUAA